CAAUGACUUCAAAUCAUACAUUACCCGCCAACCUCACCGCUGUCCCCACGAAAACAAAUGGCACAACAGCAGCGCCAUCCACCACAACGCCUUUUAGUUACAAUAGUAAAACACCCAUCAUCAAUAAUUCAACACUGCUUACCACUGUCUUUGUAACAAAUGUUACAUCAACGGCACCAAUAACUACAGCAUCUCUGCAAAAUGUAACGAACACCUCAGCGACAGUGACGGCGACAGUAAAUACAUCAAAUAGUGAAACUUCAACAAAUUCUUUCUCUACCGGAAGUAACGAGCCGCUUGUUAUAACGAGCACUUUGGAAACGCCUUCCACAGGCGGCAGUACGGCAGCGCCAUCUAGUGGCGGGAACUCUGGGACACCUAGUGGCGUCACAGAGCAGACAGCAGUUGUGGCCUCUGUCGUUGGUGUAAUCGUGGUGAUUGUUCUGAUAGCAGUGGCACUGUUUAUCAGAAAGCGAAGGAAGAAUCGAAGUUAUACCCACCUUACUGAGGUCUGUUCUAUGGAGAUCGUGGCUACACCUCCCGGGGGUGUGACAAGAUACGGGAGCGCGGGAACCGUGGACCAAAGACUAACUCUGGCAUGCUAAAGGAAAAGACUGCCAUA